CUCACAUAUAUAAAGUAAGUACACGAAUAACAGAGCGAGUAUUCCAAAAUGGCGCCUAGCGUAACUUUAUUUUUGGUAUUGACAGUCGUUUGUUUAUUGCAAUCCGUUUCCCUCCAGAAUGACAUGACUGUUACAGAAUUUGCAGAACUCAAAGAAGUCCGCCAUCUUUCACAAAGCCUGCAGAUGCUGAAUACAACAAUGCUGAAAGAGAAAAAGGAACCAGUCAUGUUUUAUGCUGUAAUUAGAGAAAAGACAUUUACUUAUAACAUUGACACAAUACUUGUGUUCGAAACCGUGAUAGUGAAUGAAGGAGGGCUUUAUAAUAAAUACGAUGACGUGUUCGUGGCACCUCGGAAAGGGACGUACAUGUUUUCAUGGACUGUUUCGGGAACUGGUACCACCUACACAGUAACAGAGUUAGUAGUAGAAAACCAAGUCAUUUCUUCUGCUGGAGAGUAUCAUGGAGGAGCUGGACAUUCAUCUGGAUCAAUGACGGCACUUUGUGAUAUGAGCAAGGGGGAUCAUGCUUGGAUUCGUUCGACUGGAGCAUCAACCGCACAUAAUUUAUAUAGCCAUGAUAACUAUCCUCAGUCAUCAUUUCUUGGUUUUCUUUUACUGACUGAAUAAAAUCAGUCAUUAAUUGAAGAAAAAAGCUUCCAAAUAUAGAAAACAAAUUAAAUUGUUGUGAAUGCAAUAUUAACAUUGAUUUGGGACUUUUUAUACUGAAAUCAUACCAUCAAAAAUGCAUGCAGUAUUGUUCUUAGUGACUGGUUUUAGGUGAAGAAAAUAUACAAUAAAAUUGACAUUACUCAAUACUAUUAUA